AUGAACGCUUACGAGCGGCACCAACGCUACAUUCGCGACUACGUGUUGUACUAUGGACGAGGGAAGCUGCCCGCCGUGCCCCAGAAGCCCACAAAGUCGGACGAUGACAUUCUCAAGCAGCAGUACCGGUUCAUUCGCACGGAGGAGGAUGAUCGAGCCGACGACUCGCGGGAGGCGUGGGAGAAGCGGCUGGCGCGACGAUACUACGAGCGCCUCUACCGCGAGUACUGCAUCGCCGACCUCACCCGCUAUCGCGAAGGCCAGGUCGGCAUGCGAUGGCGCGUCGAGAAGGAAGUCAUCAUCGGCAAGGGCCAGUUCAUAUGUGGCAACAAGCACUGCGAGGCGAAGGAGGACCUGAAGAGCUACGAGGUCAACUUCCAGUACGCGGAGGCGGGCGAGACGAAGAAUGCGCUGGUCAAGCUGCGCCUGUGUCCGCCCUGCGCGUACAAGCUCAACUACAAGAAGGAGCAGCAGAAGAAGAAGGAGGAGAAGAAGCGAAAGCGGAAGGUCGAUAAGGAGGAGCGCAAGCUGCGGAAGAAGAUGAAGAAGGAGGGCCGGGAGGACGAACUCGACGAGCUGGAGAGGAAGAAGGCGCGCGAGGCCGAAGAGCUGGCCGAGCAGGAGCGCAUCGAGAGGGAGGAGAAGGAGAAGGCCGAGCGGGAGGCCGAGAAGGCCAAGAACGUGUGGAAGAAGGACGCGCAAGUCGAGCAGACCAAGAACAGAAGCGAGGAAUUCGAGGACUACUUCCGAGGACUAUUCCCAUGA